AUGAAUACAAAUAAUGAUCCCUCCAAUAAAGGGAAUCAACAAUUACCUAAUAUCAUGGGUUAUAUUCAAGGUAAUAAUUUACCUCCAGUCAAUUCUCGUCAAAAUAUGUUAAUUAAUGGGACCCCCGAUAUUUUGAAUCGUAAUAACGACACUAAUAAUAAUAAUAACCAUGCUCAAAAUCAAUCGAAUUUCCAGAAUAAUCAAUUGCCAGCAGUGAUGGAUUCGUUCUCAAAUGAUGAUACCGAGACAAAUCAUAAUAAUAAUAAUAAUAAUAAUAAUAAUGCAGAUUGGAAACAACGGAAUCCGAUUGUACCAGCAAAGAGAAGAGUAUCAAAAGCUUGUGAUCAUUGUAGAAAGAGAAAGAUCAAAUGUGAUGAUAUAGACCCAGCUAGUAAUAAAUGUUCUAAUUGUAUGAAAUAUAAUGCAGAGUGUACUUUUAUUCAUCAUGAUAAUCCUCCAAAGAAAAAGAAAAAGAAAAAUGCAACUAAAAAUGAUAACAAUAACGCUGUUGGUAGGAAUGAAGGGAAUCCUAAUGCAGAUACUUCUAACAAUUUAUCAAGUAUAGAUUCGUUUGUUGCCACUCCAGAUAUGUUAAGAAUGUUCCCUGAUAACAGUAGUCAUAAUAACAAUAGUCAUCAGAAUAUAUCUACUCAGGCGAUGGGUAAUUCCAAUGAACCAUUAGCUCAACACAUGACAUAUAACAGUCAUUUAAGAACUAGUUCAAAUAUUAUGAAACAAAUAAACAACGAGUACCCAAGUUUAGCAUCGCCGUCACCCGAUAAUGGAAAUAUUGCUCAAGAGAAUACCACAAAUUAUGGAAACCAAAGGGCAAAUAUAAGUGUAAAUGGACAAAUUUCAUCUAACAAAGGUCCAGGAGGUGAUGAAACUGUAAUUAAUAGGAUGGAACAGGUUGAUAGGAAGGUCUCUAUGGUCAUUGAUACUAUGGCUAGAUUCGAAUGGUUAGUUGAUAAACUUUCCAAAAAAGUGGAUGAUAGACUACCAAAGCCAUCAAACCUACCAAAGGCAAAACAUAAGCAAUAUUUCUCAAAACUUUUAACCACUCAGAAAUUAGAAUGGGUAAAAUCUGUAGUUGCAGAGGAUGAAUCGAAUAGUAUAUUUCUGGCACCAAUUAAAGAUUUCAUGACGGUUAAUUUGAAAUGGUAUAUCUUACAAUGUAAACAUAUGAUUGAAUAUCCAAUGAUUUUAAAUUUUAGAGAUGAGAAUAGAUUGGACAUGCCCUCAAAAGAACAUGCUAAGAUACUAUUGGGAAAUUUUAAUACUAUCAUCAAAUACCAUUCUAGUAUCAUGACACAAGAUGAAAUAAUGAAGUUGUAUGAGAAAUAUUAUGAAAAUGACACUAGUUCAUUGACCUAUGGAGAACAUCUGGUAUUAAAUAUAUGCCUAGCAAUUUGUGCAAACAUCUGUAUCUGUGAUCCACACGAAUUCUUUAGAGAAGAUCCUGAAAAUGAACCAACAUUACAAGAAUAUCAGAAUAUUGAAAAAAUGACAUUUGAGAAUGCAAUGUACUACUAUCAUAAACUUGUUUUGUUUUCCGCAGGAGCAACUGCAAUCACAGGUUUAUUAAUGUUAUUCCAUUAUUUAAAUUUCAAUUACAAUUGCGAAUUUGCCGUCGACGCAUUAGCUCUGGCAAUCAGAUAUGCAUAUGACAUGAAUCUCAAUAUGAAUUUCCACUAUAAAUCGUUGGCUCCAAAUGAAGUGAUAAAGCACAGAGCCCUUUGGUGGUAUUGUUUCUAUUUCGAUAAAAUGGUAUCUUUGAUGCUAUCAAAACCACCGCUAAUUAAAGAAAAUGACAUGGAUAUACUAGCUAAUGAUGUGUAUUUCGAAACCAUCAAAUAUUAUCAAUUGCCACAGCAUUUCAAAAAUAACCCAGGCGAAAUUGAUAAGAUUACUAACCUAAAUGACGCUCUAUCAGCCAUAAUAAAUUACAGUGAACAUUUCCCAUUUUUUGUUUCCUUCUAUUCUACAAAAUUAAUUACAAUUGAGAGCGAAAUAGGAUCCGUUUGUUUCUCUAUUAGAAAUACCAUCGAUUAUACAUUCGAUGAUAUAGUUCAGAAAAUUUUGGAUAUCAGAACAGAUCUGACAACUUGGAGGGAAAGUUUACACCCAUCUAUGAGGUUAGAAAGUUACAAUCAAUAUCUAAAAAUGUUAUACGCUCAGUCACCUUCGAAAAGUUCCAAGCUUGGUCUAGAAGUUUCUUGCUUUCAAGUUAUAAAGUGCCAUUUACACUAUCUAUACCUGGACCUUACACUCAGUUGUUUUGCCAUAUCCUUUCUUUUAGAUAAUACAGACUUGUUUACUUCAUCAUCACAAUCGUUGCCUGAAACGUUCCAUUCAUUUUGCAGGCAAAUUAAAAUGGAUUGCAUUCAAAUUUGCAAAAUUUUCCAAAAAGUACCUUUCAAACCAUACCUUUACCCAGAACUUCUAUGUUAUGUUCUGACGGGUGUUUAUACUCUACUAUUCCACGUCAUUAAAUAUAUGGAUGACCCCAAGGAAAUAGAUAUUCCAAAGUUAAUUUCAUUAUUAAUUAGUGCACAUAAUCACGUAGUUGGAGAAAAUUAUUCUAAAGUUCCAUCUACGAACGUUAAAGUUAAUGCGGCCAUUUUUCAUUUUACUUUCUUACUAAAGUACAUAAUUAAGCAUUAUAACGAUAAAGGUCGUAAUGUAGAUGAAGAAAAGUUCGAGUAUUUAAAAUAUGAUGACUUAAUGAAAAAACUCAUAGAAAAUAUACAGGAGAGAAAGACAGAAACAGUAAAAUCCAUCGUCGAACAAGUUCGUGAUACUGAUCAAGAUAAAAAUGAUAGGUGGUCACAGUUUAAAUUCCAUGAUAACAGUACAGUUAUUGAUCCUACUUUACCCCCUAUUGAGGUUGGUAUAUUCGGAAUGUUCAGUAACUUUACUCCGGAGCUGCUCGAAUUAUUAGAUUCUCCUGCUGCCUUUGAGUCGGUAUUUAACGAAAGGGAUCUAAAAGCUCUAAAUGAUCCAUCAUUAUAUACAUCUCUGAAACUACCAGCAACUCUGUUAUUUUCUAUUCAUGCUAAGGGUGAUAUAGAUGAAGGGUACAAGCAAGAACAGUUAAAAAAAUUGGGUGACAUGAAAAAUACGUUUAGUUUCUGCAGUCAAUUACCCCUUGGAAAAUUACUAUUUGAUAGGGAUUUUAUGUUCAUUAAAUAUUUGAACAAAGAAAGAAAAGAAAAAAUAUCUUAUUGA